ACUGUCCUUGCGCGACGCUGAGUGGACUUUGGCCUUGUUUUUUCAGGUCACGACAUGGCCACAUGACCGGUCGAGGCAACUUUAUUGAAACAUCAAAAAGCUGCAUAUCGCGACCACUGUCUAAAGUGCAGCCACGUUUAAUAUAACAGUGCAAUCCACUGCAGUGUGAUGCACUGUAAUGUAAUAUAAAGCAAUUUAUUAGAAACAUUAAUAGGCCGUGGCAAUGAUGUUUGAAUGUGUGAAUACAUGAAACCAUUAAAAAAAUUGUAAUUUCUUUUAAAUUAAUAUCUAAUUCAUUUUUAGCAAUAAAGGAAAUUAACUACUGCACUGUCCCUGCAGGGGGCGCUGUUGCUCAUGUAACCCUGUACCAGAAAGCAAAUAAUGAAACAUAUGGGAAGGGAAAACUAGUUGCUUAUUGUUUAAUUUAAUCUAUUAUCAAUCAAGUGUCCAUGCAUGUAAUAAACUGGAGUUUUAAAGGAAGUAAAUGUUGUUAUUUUCAUAUAGCAUUGAUGAUAUUUAGUAUUCUGAAUUUUCAUUUAAAUUAUAAAUAUAUCUGUGAAAACUAACUCUUAUUCUAUAGGAAAAAUGCGUCUCUCUAGCGUUUGUUAAUUCAUGAUUAUAUAUAUUUAAUAUUCCUUUGUUUGACUAUGUAGUUCAAGCAGCCCUGCCUUAAAAUAAAUGUUCAUCUUAUUUAAUAAAGUUUAUGGAUAUUUGAAUAAAAUGAACUUCUGUAUUCGUCCAUAAGUAUCGCUGCACCUAAUCCUGCUUUAGAAAGUGCCGAGCUCGGGGAUCCAGAGCGGAAGAGUUCCUCUCUGUAAUUGUGGUGUCAUUACGACGUACAGCCGAUACGCCGGUAAAUAUUUGCUACACCGCUGGCUUCGGGGCUGGACUGUGGAGGGACGACGCUUUGGUGGGUUAUUUAUUUAUUUAUUUAUUUAUUUAUUUAUUUAUUUAUUUAUUUAUUUAUUUUUAAAAGUUUGGGAAAGAUCUAGUAGUAUUCCCAUAUCUGGCUCCACGAGCAGUCUUGCAUACGCCCAGGGGCACAUCCGCCGGGACGGAGGGAGAGAGGGGCGACGAAGAGGGGCCGAUCCGCCGGGACGGGGAGAGAGAGAGAGAGAGCAGACCGUGGCAGGAUGGUUGCGAUCAGAUGCGCAUUAUGUCUUCAGCUGCUGUUCUCCUGUGCCCUGGCGCAACUCCCUUCCCUCGAGAGUACCGUCAGUCUGGCCGCAGGUUUCAAGUCUCUGGACCAGAGGAGGCCUUUCAUCCCAUGCUGUCUCCUGGCCCCGCCCCCACCCCCACUGUUCCCACCCCCUCCCCUGCUGUGGGAACAGCCCAGCCCUAGCCCGGUGCCCAGCCUGCUGCUGAAGUCAGUCUUUUACCCUGAAGAGGAGGAGGAGGAGCCUGUGGUUCAUGUAUCUGCCUCUCCAGCCCCACCCGCCCCACCUGAACCCCCCAGACCCCCUGAACUCCCCUGCCCCCCCGGGCCUCCUGGACCUCCCGGACCUGCUGGGCCCAUGGGUCCCAGUGGAAUCCCAGGAAUCCCUGGAGAACAGGGACCAAAGGGAGAUAAGGGAGAUAUUGGCCGCUCCGGAUCAAAGGGUCGUGCCGGUCCACCUGGUCUCCCGGGGCAACAGGGACCCGCUGGUUGGCCGGGACCGACUGGACCCAAGGGGGAGAAGGGAGACCCCGGUCUUCUGGGAUCACCGGGGGUCAGAGGUUCAAUCGGCCCAAAGGGUUCACCUGGAUACAAAGGGGAAAAGGGGUCACGAGGUGUACGAGGCGAGGCUGGACUGAAAGGGGAUAAGGGCUGGAUGGGACUCCCUGGAAUGCUGGGACAGAAGGUGAAUGGACACCAGGGAGAGAUGGGUCCUAAGGGGGAACCUGGAGUUUGGGGGAGCAGGGGUCCGACUGGGCGACCAGGGAAGAGAGGUAAAAAGGGGGCGAGGGGCGAUAUUGGGCUCACUGGUCCUGUGGGCCCUGCUGGACCGCCGGGCCCCACGGGACACCCCGGAGCCCCAGGCCUACCUGCCUCAGGGCUGUAUCUGGUGGGGGAGAAGGGCGAGAGGGGGUUGCCAGGUGCGCCUGGUCAGUGUGACUGCUACUCCCCCCUGAACAUCAACCAGCUGCCCUAUGAGGAGUCUGCCCCACAGGGCAAGUUUGUCCGGGUGCCCCUGAUUUUUGUGGUUAACAGUGAAGAGGAGUUGGAUCAGCUGCACACAGAGAAUGCGCUGGCCUUCCGGAAGGAUCAAAGGACACUCUAUUUUAAGGAUGAGGAUGGAUGGCAGCCGAUCAAGGUAUCCCAGUGGAGUGUGCGUCGCUGGCCUUUCAUUGGUGGUCAUAUGCCAGGGGAGUGUGAGUCGCUGGUGUCUGAUUGGUGGUCAUGUCCCAGUGGAGUGAGAGUCGCUGGUGUCUGAUUGGUGGGUCAUAUCUCAGGGGAGUGUGAGUCGCUGGCCUCUCAUUGGGGGGUCAUAUCUCAGGGGAGUUUGAGUCGCUGGCCUCUCAUUGGUGGUCAUAUCCCAGUGGAGUGUGAGUCUCUGGUGUCUCAUUGGUGGUCAUAUCCCAGUGGAGUGUGAGUCUCUGUUGUCUCAUUGGUGGUCAUAUCCCAGGGCAGUGUGAGUCG